GCGGCCGCCCUGGACUCUCUAACCGCCCUGAGGUGCAUCAUGCCCGGCUGGAAGAAAAACAUCCCGGCCUGUCUGCAACCGGACCAGGAGGGAGAUGAGGGGCCGUACACCAAACACUCCGCCGGGUCGAGACCUCCAGAUGGAGCGCUGGCCAUCAGGAGGCAGAGCAUACCAGACGAGUUUCGGGGCUGCUCGGUGGUGGAGCUGAUGAAGAAGGAGGGCACGACGCUCGGUCUGACGGUCUCAGGGGGCAUCGACAAGGACGGGAAGCCUCGGGUUUCAAACCUGCGACAGGGAGGCAUCGCUGCCAGGAGCGACCAGCUGAACGUGGGCGACUACAUCCGAGCCGUUAACGGCAUCAACCUGUCGAAGUUCAGACACGACGAGAUCAUCAGUCUGCUGAAGAACGUCGGGGAGAGAGUCGUUCUGGAGGUCGAGUACGAACUACCGCCCGUCUCGGUGCAGGGGUCAGGGGUCAUGUUCAAGAACGUAGAAGUCACGCUUCACAAAGAAGGAAACAGCUUCGGCUUCGUCAUCAGAGGUGGGGCCCAUGAAGACAGGAACAAGUCACGCCCAAUCGUCAUAACAACCAUCAGGCCCGGUGGUCCGGCUGACAGGGAAGGGACCGUGAAGCCUGGCGACCGGUUGCUAAGCAUCGAUGGGAUCCGUCUCCACGGCAGCACGCUGACGGAGGCCAUGAGCAUCCUGAAGCAGUGCGGACAGGAAGCCACGCUGCUGCUGGAGUACGACGUCUCAGUGAUGGACUCGGUUGCCACGGCGUCGGGGCCGCUGCUGGUGGAGGUUGCCAAGGCGACGGGCUCCAGUCUGGGCGUGGCUCUGUCCACCUCCAUGUUCUGCAGCAAGCAGGUCAUCGUCAUUGACAAGGUCAAACCGGCCAGCAUAGCAGACAGGUGUGGCGCUCUUCAUGCAGGAGAUCACAUCCUGUCUGUUGACGGGAAGUCCAUGGAGUUCUGUUCUCUGGCUGAAGCCACUCAGCUGCUCUCUGCCUCCUGUCAGACCGUCCGCAUGGAGAUCCUGCCUCAACACCAGGCCCGACCGGCCCUGAACGCACCACAGCACGUCAAGGUGCAGCGUAGUCCCCGCACCCUCCCCUGGGAGACCGGAGGCUCCGCCCCCAUCCUCCCCCCCUACCACUACAACACCUACCACCCCGACCAAUCAGCUGCCAGAUCGCACAACCGCCACACAAACAACCCUCCUCUCAGCCACUCGUUCUCUCCCGGCUCCAUGUCGGCCUACAGUCUCUCGUCCCUCAACAUGAGCACCCUGCCCCGGAACAUGUAUCCCACGAGUCCACGGGGCACGCUGAUGAGGAGGAAGGGCAAGAAGAAGGACUUCAAGAGCUCCUUGUCUCUUGCGUCCAGCACCGUCGGCCUCGCCGGUCAGGUCGUUCACACGGAAACCACGGAGGUGACGUUGCUAGGCGACGGCAUCAUGGGGUUCGGCCUGCAGCUGCAGGGCGGGGUCUUCGCCACGGAAACGCUCUCCUCGCCGCCGCUCAUCGCUUACAUCGACCCCGACAGCCCGGCGGAGAGGUGUGGCAUCCUGCAGAUCGGUGACAGGAUUUUGUCCAUAAAUGGAGUUCCUACUGAAGACUCGACUCUGGAAGAAACCAAUCAGCUGCUCAGAGACUCGUCCAUCACGGCUCAGCUCACGCUGGAGAUCGAGUUCGACGUGGCCGAGUCGGUCAUUCCCAGUUCAGGAACGUUUCACGUGAAGCUGCCAAAGAAACCCGGAGUGGAGCUGGGCAUCACCAUCAGCUCUCCGUCCAACAGGAAGCCAGGUGAUCCUUUGAUCAUCUCUGACAUCAAGAAAGGCAGCGUAGCACACAGGACGGGCACUCUGGAGCUCGGAGACAAGCUGCUGGCCAUCGAUAACAUCCGGGUGGAGAACUGCUCCAUGGAGGAGGCCGUCCAGAUCCUCCAGCAGUGUGAGGAGCUCGUGAAGCUGAAGAUACGGAAAGACGAAGACAACUCAGAUGAACAGGAAGUGUCGGGCAACAUCAUCUACACGGUGGAGCUGCAGAGGUACGGAGGCCCGCUGGGGAUCACCAUCUCCGGCACCGAGGAGCCCUUUGACCCCAUCAUCAUCUCCUCACUGAGCAAAGGAGGGCUGGCCGAGAGGACCGGUGCGAUCCAUGUCGGUGAUCGUAUUCUGGCGAUCAACAGCAGCAGCCUGAAGGGGAAACCUCUGAGUGAAGCCAUCAGUCUGCUGCAACAAGCAGGAGAGACGGUCACUCUGAAGAUCAAGAAGCAGGGAGACUUGUCGAGCCCAAAGACUUGUGUGAUUGGUCCAGGCCUGGGGAUGGGGGCGGGGCUUGUCCAUGAGCACCAGGACGGGGUGGACGAGCCCAUCGUCAUGGUGACGCCUCUGUCAGGCCAGCGGGCGUUCAGCACGCUGCCGUCUGUGGACAGCGCCGUGGAGUCCUGGGACGGGUCCAACAUGGACAGCAGCUUCACCACGCCGGCUCCACCGUUUCAGUCGUCUCCGUACAGUUUCCACGAGUGGCGCAACACCAAGACGACCAACAGCCAAUCAUCUUCCUCCGCUCGCCAGAGAGCCAAUCCGCUGUCAGAUCUGGGCCUGAGCGACGACGACUGGGACCGCCCACCACUCGGAGGAGGCUGUAAUCUGCCCAGUGGUCUAAUCACUGACAUCAGGUUCACUGUGGGACACGAUGGGACAGAACCGGACCAGGAGGAGAACUUCUGGUCUCAGGCUCUGGAGGAUCUGGAGACGUGCGGCCAGAGCGGCAUCCUCAGAGAGCUGGAGGCAACCAUCAUGUCCGGCUCCACCCUCAGUCUGAACCACGACCCCACCCCCCUCCGCAGCACGCUGGGACGCCAGGCCAGCUUCCAGGAACGCAGCAACUCCAAACCACAGGUUUCCAACCGGUCCAACACCUUGCCCUCUGACCCCCAACGCAGAGCCUUCGCCAUGAGGAAGAUGAGGCAGGAAGUCAAUGAGAUCCUGAACCAGAACCCUGUGGAACUCCACAAGCUGACUCUAGAGAAGGUCUCCGAUCUGGAGGACUUUGGGUUCAGUGUUUCUGACGGCAUGCUGGACCGCGGCGUCUACGUCAACAACAUCCGACCAGGAGGCCCGGCGGAGUGUGGCGGCCUCCGAGCCUACGACCGAAUACUACAGAUAAACCACGUCCGGACUCGGGACUUCGACUGCUGCCUCGUCGUCCCGCUGAUCGCCGAGUCCCCGAACCACCUGGAGCUCGUCAUCAGCCGAAACCCCGCCUCCUCCUCCUCCACGCUGCUGGCCAAUCACACCGACGGCAUCAACAACAGCGCCCACUCCCCUCAGCCAAUCGGCGGCGAGCUUGGACCCUCGGAGUUCUCGAUUGGCCAGUCGGAGGACGGCGGUCCGAUCAAGUGGAGCCAACCAGGAGACGGUUUGGGGGCGGGGCUUGGGAUGGGUCAGGUGAACAAUAGCUCCUUAUAGCAGAGAAAAACUGGAUCAAACUGGAUUGAACCGGUUCCAACCAGAUCGGACUGGAGAACCGAAAAACUAAGUUGAAUAAAACUGGUUUCGACCCGUCCAAACUGGUUCAUAGUGGACCCAUCCCCCCCGCCCCCCAUGGUGCUACACACACCCUCUGGAUGAACUUUGACCUUUGACUACUAAAGUUUGACCUUUGAACUGCUGAAGCAGCCUGAAAGCACACUGAUGGACCGGAGCAACACCUCACCUUUUCACUUGAACCAUACUGGUCCUACUGGUGUCACUGGAACCAGAACUAUAACUACUGAUUCUUCUGGAACCAUUGCCAGAGCUACUGGUCUAACUGGUUAAUGGGUGCCAGUUCUACUAGCCCAGAGCCAUGGCUACUGAUUCUAUUGAAGCCA